AUGGGCAUUUCCAACAAAUUCAUGGCCAUCCUACUUGUAGUAGCCAUUGCCUUAAGCCAAUCAGUCUUGCUCAUGCCGGAAAGAGAUAUUAUGUUCACAAUCAUCAAUGGGUUGAGCGACAACGAAUUGACUAUACAUUGCCAAUCCAAAGAUGACGAUUUAGGUGUGCACCUAAUCCACAUGUCCAAAGAAUGGUAUUGGACAUUUGAGGCUAACUUUGGGGGAACGACACUUUUUUGGUGCAACAUGAGUUGGGCAAAUCACCAUGGACGUUUCGAUGUAUAUUGGGUCAAUCGCGAAUUGCUUGAUAAGUGUGAUUUCAAGGAGUGUUUUUGGAAAGCAGAAGAUGAUGGGUUAUAUCUAAAGAACAACAAAGACAAUUCAUGGAUUCUGAUCUAUAAUUGGGAUUCUUGA